AUGUAUGUGAGAAAUUCAGACCACUCGUUGGUCUAUAUAAUCCGUCACACUUCACUUUGUAACGAAAGCGGACCUGUGGAAUAUUAUCGACUAGUACGGUAUGAGGCCGGGACAGCGAGACAGCAACGACUUGUCAUCUCUACAGCAUCUGAAAACAAUCCGGACGGAAUAAGAGUCCUAGAAAUGCCAGAAGACUCAACUGGAGAGGGAUUCACUCUCAGUAAGAAUCUGUUAUCAUUACGCCGACUCAGGAGAACACAGUAUUCUCGCCGCGGAAUAUCAGUAGAUGACAUGCACGGUGCCACAAGGUACAGCCUGAAGCUAGCAACUGUAGUGGUAACGGAUGAACGAGACAGAGGAUUACCAGCCGGUCAGUUUUUGACAAUUUAUGCGUAA